AUGGAGGAGAAGAGUGAGAUUCAACAAGUCCCAAGAGUCAAACUGGGUAAUCAAGGCUUAGAGGUGUCUUCGUUGGGAUUUGGAUGUGGAGGUUUAUCAGGAAUUUACAAUGCUCCCCUCUCACACGAACUUGGAUGUUCAAUUAUUAAGCAAGUAUUCAAUAGAGGGGUUACCUUUUUCGAUACAUCAGAUCUUUAUGGACACAAACAUGAUAACGAAAUCAUGGUUGGUAAGGCACUAAAAGAACUUCCUCGAGAAAGAGUGCAAUUGGCUACAAAGUUUGGCGUUACUAUAUCUGAUGGGAUGGUUUUUGGGGUAAAAGGUACCCCUGAAUAUGUGAGGGAGUGCUGUGAAGCUAGUCUCAAGCGGCUUGAUGUCAGUUAUAUAGACUUAUAUUAUCAACACCGAGUUGACACUUCAGUUCCAAUUGAGGAUACCAUGGAGGAGCUCAAGCAACUGGUUAAUGAAGGGAAGAUAAGAUAUAUUGGGUUGUCAGAGGCUAACGCUGACACUAUAAAGAGAGCACACGCAGUUCAUCCUAUUACCGCUUUACAAAUGGAGUAUUCCUUAUGGUCUCGUGACAUUGAAGAAGAAAUAAUUCCACUCUGCAGAGAACUUGGCAUUGGAAUAGUCGCAUACAGCCCUCUUGGUCGUGGCUUUUUUGCUGGAAAGUCAGUUGUAGAGACCUUGCCAAGUCAGAGCUUACUGAAUAUGCAUCCCAGGUUCACGGGAGAAAAUUUGGAAAAGAACAAGUGUUUCUAUGAAAGAAUCAAUGACUUGGCUUCAAAGCAUGCAUGCACUCCUUCUCAAUUAGCCUUAGCAUGGCUUCUACAUCAGGGAAAUGACAUAGUCCCUAUCCCUGGGACUACUAAAUUGAAAAACUUUGAAAACAACAUUGGAUCUCUGAAUGUGAAGCUUACAGAAGAACAGUUGAGGGAAAUUUCUGAUGCAGUCCCUGUUGAGGAUAUUGCUGGUAACCGAGACUAUGGUAGUUUAUCGCAAUAUAUGUGGAAGUUUACAACUACACCACCACUAAAGUAA